GUAUUAAAUGAAGCUGUUGGGGCGAUGAUGUACCACACCAUCACGCUGACUCGAGAAGAUCUAGAGAAGUUCAAGGCCUUACGGGUCAUUGUUCGAAUAGGCAGCGGCUACGACAACAUCGACAUCAAAGCUGCAGGGGAGCUUGGGAUCGCCGUCUGCAACAUCCCUUCGGCCGCCGUGGAGGAGACGGCCGACUCCACCGUCUGCCACGUCCUCAACCUCUACCGGCGAAACACGUGGCUCUACCAGGCGCUGCGGGAAGGCACGCGGGUGCAGAGCGUGAGCAGAUAGGAGCAGAUCCGGGAGAUGGCCUCCGGCGCCGCCCGCAUCAGGGGGGAGACGCUCGGCCUCAUCGGCUUUGGUCGCACCGCGCAAGCGGUCGCAGUCCGAGCCAAGGCGUUCGGCUUCAACGUGAUAUUUUACGACCCGUACCUGCAGGACGGGAUAGAGAGGUCCCUGGGAGUCCAGCGGGUCUACACGCUCCAGGACCUGCUCUACCAGAGCGACUGUGUCUCGUUGCACUGUAACCUUAACGAACACAACCACCACCUCAUCAACGACUUCACGAUCAAGCAGGUAAUUGCCCAACCCCGGGGAGGGCUCUGCUCUUCCGCCUUAACUCAAGCCCUGAAGGAGGGACGGAUACGAGGGGCUGCGCUCGACGUGCACGAGUCUGAACCAUUUAGUUUUGCUCAAGGCCCAUUGAAAGAUGCCCCCAAUUUAAUCUGUACUCCGCACACGGCUUGGUACAGCGAGCAGGCAUCGCUGGAGAUGAGAGAAGCUGCUGCUACUGAAAUCCGGCGGGCGAUCACAGGGCGCAUUCCGGAAAGCCUGAGAAACUGCGUGAACAAGGAAUUCUUUGUCACAACAGCUCCGUGGUCGGUAAUAGAUCAGCAAGCGAUCCAUCCAGAGCUCAAUGGUGCCACGUACAGGUACCCGCCCGGGAUGGUGAGCGUAGCGCCGGGAGGAAUUCCGGCAGCGAUGGAGGGCAUCAUUCCCGGAGGCAUCCCCGUCACUCACAACCUUCCCACGGUGGCACAUCCUUCCCAAGCUCCAUCUCCCAACCAGCCCACAAAACACGGGGACAACAGGGAACAUCCCAACGAGCAAUAGCAGAUAAUUUAAAAAAUAAAUAAAUAAAAAAAAAAUCACUCAAUAAACUUAGGACCAAGAGACAUUGGAAAAAAAA